AUGUCAGAUUACUCCGACCGUGCCGCUACGGAGAGGGAACCGCUGGUAGGGGACCGCUCACAUUCGCCGACGCAGUACGUCCCCGGCGACGAUUCCAUUGAAAAUGGGUAUCCGAUGCCGAGAUUAAGAAGACGUGGGAGUACCAUUUCUUCAAUCGCGAGUGGAUACAAUGCUAUCAGAGAACAUAUGGACAAGAGGAAGUUUGUAUCCUUGGUCAUCACCAGCAUUGUGAUUUAUUUAGGAUUUGUGGCCCUGUUCGCACCAAGAACGUCACUCUCACGGGAUUUCAGAAGAUGGCAUUCCUCUAAGUUGACCACGGCCGAGGUGUUUAGAAUCUAUUUGAACGCCUUGCAGGACGAAAAUAGGAUCAAAAAACAUGUUCAUUCACUUACUGAAGGCAAUACAAACAGUUUGGACUAUAUGCUCCAGCAGUUCCAUGAGUUAGGGUAUAGACCAAAGUUGGAAAACAUUUACCCCUGGAUAACUCAACAUGUGGAUACUCAACUGAAACUCAUCUCCGGGGGGGAAACCAUCUGGGAUGCACCGUUGAUAGAGGAUUGCAACGAAAGCUCUGCUUGUAUCGCUCAUAACAACCAUACAGCAACGACAAAGGGAUUCCACUACUACGCCCCUAACGGGAACGUAACUGCACAAUAUGUGUAUUGCAAUUAUGGGACAUUGGAAGAUUACGAAACGUUGCUGCAAAACGGUAUCGACAUCGACGGGAAAAUUCAUAUAGUACGGUAUGGAGAUAUCAACAGGGGACUCAAAGUGAAAAAUGCUCAGUUAUACGGUGCUUCUGCCGUCAUAAUGUACACAGACCCUUACGAUGAUGGACUAAUAACAGAAUCAAAUGGAUAUACACCGUUCCCCAAAGGGCCAGCAAGAAACCCUACUGCGAUUGAACGAGGAACCGUAGAGUUUUUCACUGAGUCUCCAGGUGACCCAACGACUCCAGGUUACUCUUCAAAGUUCCCAGAUACAGAACGUCAUUCUCCAGCAGGAAAAUUCUCGAUGAUACCUUCCAUACCGGUCAGUGCAAGAGAUAUUCAACCCAUCUUAGAAAAGUUGAACGGAUGUGGCAAGCAGUUGGGAUCCAGGGGAAAUAUCUAUGGAUUCCGUUAUUUUAGCGGUCCAUCUCCGGAAGAUAUUCAAGUCCAACUCUACAACGAACAGAACACUUCUAUUGUGAAAAUGACCAAUUUGGUAGUGGAUAUCCCAGGGAUAUUUGCUGAUGGGGAAACAAUUAUCGGCUGUCAUAGGGACACAUGGUCUCUAUCAAAUACGGGGGAGUCAGCUAGCGGCUGUGCUAUUCUCUUGGAAAUAGCUAGCGGGAUGAAAACGUUAUUGCAUAAAGGGUGGAAACCGUUAAGACCAAUAAGGUUUGUUAGUUGGGAUGGUGAGGAAAACGGAAUGCUAGGAUCCACCGAGUACAUAGACGAGCACUCGGAUGUUUUACAGAGAAGUGCAUUGGCUUAUCUCAAUCUAGACAAGGCGGUUACCGGGUCACAAUUUACCGUAGCGGCGCAUCCCUUGUUAGAAAAUGUCAUUAAAACGGCAGCAAGGUACACAAAUUUUAAAGGGCAGGACGAUGUCACAUUGCAUGAUGAAUGGACUAGAACAUCCAACGCAACUGUUGACCACUUAAAUGGAGACUCAGACUAUCUCGGCUUUCAAUACCAUUUGGGUAUUCCUUCCGCGUCAUUCAAUUUUGCACAAAAUAAUUCUGGAGAUGCCAUUUACCAUUGGCAUUCGCUUUUCGAUUCAGUACAAUUUGUAGAAGACUUUAUUGACGGUGACUACAAAUUGCAUAAUACUCUGGCUACAUUUACUGGGAUAGUAGCAUUGAUGAUGAGUGAAAACGAACUGAACAACUUUAAAACACAUUCCCUUUUCGAGAUACUAUAUGAAAAAUAUAGUUACCUAUACGAAGGGAUUUUGAACGCUUUCCCACAUGACAACGAGUUACAGAAAUUGGCGGAUUCUUUGUCUACCACUGUUGAAAUAUUGGCUAAAAUGGAUAGUGUAAGGUUUGACUCGAAAAAUAAGAAACUAGCUAGAGACUGUGUCCAAGAUUAUCCUGUUUGGGCCUUACUAACUAAACUCAAGCUAUAUCUGAACCUUUUGAGAUCGAAUAAUAAACUGAAGCAAAUAGAUAGAUUAUUUGUCACUAAGAUUGGGUUAAACGACAGAGAAUGGCUAAAGCAUAGCGUAUUUUCCCCUAAUAAAUACACUGGAAUUCAAGGUUGUACCAUUCCUGGUAUUUAUGAGGCCUUGAUUGAGACAGACAGGGAUCAAGUACACCAAUGGCUUAUUUUGUUGUCCACGCAGUUAAAUAACAUGCGCUAUUUAUUAUUAUAA